AUGGAUGGGGAAGAAGGAGAUAGAGCCAGAAUAGGAGACUCACAGCCGCGUCGUCGCGGAACGGGAGCGCGGGCUGAAAUGAGUGUGUGGAGGGAGUCAGGGCAGGUCGAGGCACCAGCAAGCAAGGUCCAGGGCCGGAAGACCGCGGCCGCGGAGCUGAGAGAAGCGGCACCGUGGGUUCUGGGACUCUGGGAGGAGCCGCUGACGGUCUUUGGUGUGCGGCGUGGCCUAGGUGCCCUGCUCGUGCUGUGGUGGUCCAUACCGGGAAUUGAGAUGCAGCCAGCUGGGCGCGAGGGAAAUACCGACGAGUGGGACAGAGUGACGGUGUUCGUCUACGAAUACAGCUGCGGAUCGUGA